GCGAUCUUCAAAUUGUUUUACAAUAGUGUGUUCGAAAAUGGCUGGCUCUAGGGGAAUCGAACGUGUCCUUGCUAAAUGUGAAGCGUGUAUCAGCGAUGGGAAUUUUUAUGAAGCUCACCAAAUGAUUCGGACGUUAUAUUUUAGGUACAGUGGACAACAGAAGUAUGCUGAAGCCAUUGACCUACUCUACCGUGGUGCUUUGACACUUUUGACUCAUAAUCAGUAUGGAAGUGGAGCAGACCUCAGCCUUUUAUUGGUAGACACUCUCAACAAAUCUUGUACUCCUGUAACUGAUGAAACAAUGGAUCGUUUAGUGCAUCUCUUGGAAAAAAUGGAUCCAGAUUGUCCUGAGCGUAUUGCUUACAUCUCUCAUGCAAUCAAGUGGAGCAGCUCUUCUGAUAUCUCUCACAAACGGGGUCAUCCUGAUCUACAUCAAAAAUUCGGGGUCAUCUUCUGGCAUGAACACAACUAUCCGCAAGCACGAUAUCAUUAUCUUCACUCAAUGGAUGGUAAGGGAUGUGCAGCUAUGCUGCUCGAAUAUCAUGUACAGCAGGGAUAUCCUUCUGAAGUGGAUCUUUUCAUCACUCAAGCAGUUUUGCAAUAUUUGUGCCUUAAAAAUAAGACAACAGCAGCAGACUGUUUCAAAGCAUACACAAGUGGACACCCUGCUAUUAAGACAGGUCCACCCUAUGUAAUGCCACUUCUAAACUUUAUUUGGUUCCUGCUCCUAGCUUUGGAAGGAGGAAAAUUAACAGUCUUUACCGUUCUUUGUGAAAAAUAUCAGACCUCGCUUAGUAGAGACCCAAGCUAUAAAGAAUAUCUAGACAGAAUUGGCCAAGUAUUUUUUGGCCUUCCUCCACCACCAGCAGCCAGUCAAGGAUUCUUUGGAAAUUUCCUUCAGAACAUUUUAGGAGGUCUUGAUGAGGACUUUGAUUCACCCUCCACACCUAGCAUGUCUGGAUCCUCUCAUUCAGUGACAGCAAAUUCAAGGCCAGAAAAAGUUAUUGAUCUUGAUUGAGAGGCAUCCUUUCUGUGUACUAAAUGUCUGCAAUGGUAGGUCUUGGCAUUCUGGGGAGAGCAAAAUGCAUGUGAAUAUCACUCAUGGUUUGGGAAAGAAACCUCUGCAUUUCAUAGAUAUCAGCGCUGCUCUGAAGCCAUGCCUGGCUUGGUUUUUAAGAUCAGAGGUGAAUGUCUUUAAAAAUACAUUCUCUCCCAUCUCCUUUGUUUACAUGCCUUCAACGUUUGCAGUGUUCAGAGUUGAUGUCCAUAACAUUGAUAUUUAAACCUUUCUGUGGUAUUGACAGGAAUGUUAACAGGAUGUAAGCAAAACUCUUGGCAAUAGUAUGCAAGGUUUAAAGCAUCAGUCUUUGCCUGAAUGAGGUGUUUUAAACAAAAUCUUUAAUUGAAGAGUCAACUUAAGAUAUUUUAGCACAAGAACUCAGCAUUUUGUGAGCAGAUUUUGCAACAUUUCCUUUUUAAUCUUAGAGAACUGAUUUUUAAGUGGAUUUUUUCCUGGAUACAUUACAGAGAAAUCAGUUGAAAAAAAUUGCUUUAUAUGUCAAAGAUAUGGAUAAUAUGGCAUUAGGAAUUGAUAUUCAUGGGAUCUGUUUUUUCCCUCUGAAAUAUAGAAAGGUGCGUUAUUGUUAUUUUAGGAGUCUUAAAGUUGUGUUAAAAAAUGUUAUGACAAUGGCAUAUUUGUUGUCCAGUAGUUUUGUCUAGCUGUCAAACUUAAAUGAGCUUUGUUGACAUUCAUGGAGGGUCAAUACAGGAAUUUGUCACUGAAGGACCGUUCUUGGCUCAUUGUGUAAUUCGAAAAUCCUCAAGAAACAAUGUUUAGACAAAAUGAUCAUACCUAUUACUUUAGGUUUUGGGGUUUUUAUUAUUAUUUGGUGUGCAACUAGUUCUGACCACUUUCUAUAAAAAAACCCAAAAAAAUCCCCUUUGUGUUAGACACAUCUUUUGGCAUAUGGCAAUAGAAGGCAAUGUUUUACACAAUAGAGAAGGGAAACUAAAGUUUUGAUUUUAAAAAAAUGCCAUGCAGACAUUUUUUAGUUAUACAUACACAGGUUCUGAGAAAAUUUUGUCAAUAUUCUGUUAGAAUUUCAUCCUGGAUCUUUGCCUCAUUUGCACUACUAGGCAAAAUAAAAAAUGGGAUAGGUUCAUUUCAUUGUAUAGUUUAUUUACACCUUUUGAAAUAUACAGCAAUAUUUUUUUGUUUUUGCUUUGAAACAUUUUGAAAGUAUUUUUUCACUGUCACACAAUUUCAUAAAAUGUGUUCUGUGGAAAGAACAGCAGCUUGAAAUGCUGGCACUCUUCAUAAAAUGGACUGCUGCUUUAAUAUGUGGCAGUUGACUAUUUCUUGUAUAGCAGUAUUUUCAGUGAUGUAUUGUCUGGUGAUGAUUUGCAAGUUAAAAGUUGGUGUGUGGGAAAGAUUUUAUCUUCUGAUAAACAUACCUUUCCUCUUUCCAAGGUUCAGCUGUUUGUGUGGUUUUUUUUUUUUGUUUUUUUUUUUGUCCUUUUGUUUUUUAAAGCAGCACAUUUGAUGUCUCUUAAUAUUUGUCUUUCCAGGGUUAUGCGCUUCUUCGAUCAAUAAUCACAUGUUUCAACUAAACGGCUCAUUCUCUUUACAUAUUUAUUUACCCUGUACAUAAAUGGCCAUUCUCAUUAUUCAGCAUAGCUGGGUGCAGUGUAGAUGGAUUGGGAAAAAAAUAGCACGUUUAUUCCAUGGUUUUUCAGAAUGGUUUGAAAAGAUAACAUGCGAUGCUUCAAGGUGUUGGCAUCAUCUAUUUUCUUUUAAUAACCUUCUUUUAUGAAAGCUGAGCUUGAAAUAUGCCAAUAGAAAUAAAAAUGUUAGCCAAAAUCAGCAUUUAUGAAACAGCAGCAGAACAAGGAGCAGUUGUUAUGGUAAUGAAGCUGGCGAGGAUAACUUAUUUUGCAGAACUUUGUAGUUAGUAUCAUUCUUGUUUACACAAUGUUUGCAUUCUUAAUGUGAUUUCGAGCAAUAUUAAUACAAUUACCCAUUUUCUGUUUUUAUUUACAUCUUAAAAAGUUGAGCUGUAUGGAAUGUUAAGCAUAGUGAAAACAGUUGACAUUUUUAUAUUUGUCUCUGAAUGAAAUCAGUUUAAUUGGAUGAAUUUAAUGCACAUAAGAAAAUGUCAGACUUUGAAUGUGUGGUGUAUAUCAAGAAAUGUUAGCUAGCAUCUUGUGGACUAGAUUAAAUGUCAGGGAUCAGUACUGAAUAGCAACGAAAAAAAAAAAACCAAAAACCAGUAGUACUCCUAGCCAGAGUGCAUGCUGUUCAGCUAUAAUGCAUAUAACUUAUACAAUUUUGAGAGAUCAGUACACCAGUUGCUUUUCACAGUGCAUGUCAUAAUAUUUAGAAUGUAUGUUAAAAUCCUUUUACCUCCAGUUGACAUUAACAAGUUUGCUGCUGCCUUUUUGCUUUGGUGGUUGAAGUGCCAAAAUGCCGGCAUUACAUGAGCUUUUCCUGUUAUGGUUUAAACUGUUCAGUGACAUUGUGCAUGAUUUAGACUGGGAAUAGCAUUUCCACAUUUGCAGUUUAAACUGGGAAUUAAUGUCUGUUAUUGUUUUUGGAGUAGGGAAUAUUGUUUGCAUCUCCCUUCCUAAUUCAGAAAUGACAUGAGGCUGCACUGUUAUCAUUAAAAACAAAAAUUAUAUGUAACAUAAUAACAGGAAAAUCAAUUGUCUUUACAGCUUAAGAAUAGUCAGCUUUAGAGGUAUGAAAGUCUGUAAUCAUGUUACAAACUCUCUAUUUUUUGGGUUAGGCUUCAAGUGUGUUAAAAAAAAAAUGGUCCACAUUUUGCUUGCCACUGGAAUGGUUCUUAGGCAUAAACUCACAUUAAUACCUCUGAAAUAAACUUGCUACAAGUA